AUGUUGAAACAUAUGGUGCCUUGUGAAAGUUUACACGAUCAACGCACUUUAUCUCAUGAGAAACUAUUAGCAGAUGUGAGAAGUGAACAAACUGGAGAAGGCUAUGUUGUAGAAAUUAUCAUAAAUGAACAACAUUCCUAUUUAGUUAAAAUAAAAAAUACUAAAUACUUAGCUUUACAUCAUACGAAAGAUAGUGUCAACCAUCCACAACGUUUAUUUGAGGCAAUUAUUAAUGAAAGUAGUGAUGAUCUCAAAGCAAUGUUUUCAAAUGAUCCCACAGCAAUAGACAAAAUUGUUAUAAUGGAAGAAUAUGUAAAACCACGUUAUAAUCAGUUGGUCGAAACUAUAGAACAAUUUUAUGUGGAAAAUAAACAUUUGUCGAGGAAAGAGUAUGCACAAAAAGCUCAGAAAUUAACAUCGGUGUACAUGAGUUUAUUGAUGAACUUAUAUAUGGGAAAAACAAACAAUUAUAAAGAAUUUGCUAUUCGGCAUUCAAAAGGUUUAUUCGAAAUUAGUGAAGAAUUUUCUACCCCUAAAUAG